AUGGAUCUACAUUUCCUCAAUAAUCCAGUCUUCCAGGAAAUAAGAGAGGAGGUUGCUCUGGGCAUGGCUGGCCUCUUUACUGACAUGUUGCUGGGCGUGGACGGUGGCGGGCAGCGGGCGUGGGCAGGGGCAUGGGAGAAUGCGCGUCAGGUGAUUCGGGUGGCUGAAGACUUACGACGGGCUUCCCCCAGAACAGCUUGCCAUAUCUGUGGCUCCACUGUCAGCCGAGCUAACCUACGGCGCCAUAUUCGCACCCAUACAGGGGAGAAACUGUAUGGAUGUCCACAUUGCAACUAUCGCACUGGUGACCGUUCCAAUCUGAGGCGGCAUCACUCCAGUGUUCAUCCAGAUCAGCCAUCGCUUCAGAUGUAG